AAUAAUUAUAUUUCUUCAUAAGCUAUAAAAAAAUUAAUGUGCAGCGCGCACACUAAGCCACAGUUGCAGUAGACGCAUUGAUUCAAAAUUUACAAUUAAAUUAAAAACACCUGUGCAACGAAAAUCAAUGCAGGUGUUUCAUGUAAGACGUCGAAUAAAUUCAUCUUCUAUUUCAAUAUUAAAUUAUAAAAUGACUAGCAUAACUUAACUUUGAACCUUUUCACUUGGAAUGUAUGAACGUUAGUGUACAAUUUAUAAAGUUGUAUAUAUUUAAUUACGGUAUAAUAAAGCAUGCGGGGGGGCGAGGCGGCGCGCCGCGCUCUCAUAUUCCGUAUAUUGAUUGUGUGCGAGGGGGCCGGGGCAAGGAGGGGGCCACGGCGUGCCCCACUCUGUUUUUUACGACACGGCUUUCUGUGUAACAUAAUAAGUAUUUAAAAAUUUUGUGAAAUGUUUCGGUGUUAUUUGUGAAAAAUUGGGAAGUAGGAAAAGUGAAUACGAGCUCUAAAUUCCGUCGGCGGCGCGUACCUACAGUAUUACACUGUCAUACCGCAUGCAGGGGCUCGUGAGCGAUAAGACGUUCCACUUGAAGUGGAACAACCACCUGCAGAACCUGAGCCAGCUGUUCACGACCAUCUACUCGUCGUCAGCGCUGGCAGACGUGACGCUCUCCUGCCGCGAUGGGACUCUUAAGGCGCACAAACUCGUCCUUUCAGCGUGUAGCCCUUACUUCGAACAGAUAUUCAAGGACAACCCAUGUCAGCACCCCAUCGUGAUUCUAAAAGGAAUACCCUUCUCGGAGAUAAAUCUCCUGGUUGAGUUCAUGUACAAGGGUUCUGUGGAUGUGCAAGAAUUGGAUCUUCAGUCACUGAUGCACACAGCUUCAGAACUGGAAAUCAGAGGUCUUGCUUAUGAGGCCCGUGAUAAUGCUGCGCAGCUAUUGAAUGUGAAUUUGGAAUAUCCCGCCUAUGGACAAAAUGCUGCUUCCACAGCAACUGCAACUACGUCAGCAACAGUUUCCACAUCACAGACAUACCCUCAAGCUCGCACAGAUGUCGAGAGGUUGAAACAGAUACACAUGUACCAACAGUCAAUGAUGCGAGCUGAGGAGGUUCGACGACGGCGUCGUGAAGACAUGCCCACAACCCAGACAGCCGUGAACAACAUACUAGCGGCAGCUGCGAGGGAGAUGGAGGAGGCGAGACACGCGGCGCGAACAGGAGAACGUGUAGUUGCCAGUAUACAAACUGAGCAAGAAGCGGCUGCAGCGUCGGAAAUGAAAAAUGAAUUAGAGAAUGACAGACCGAAGAAACGCGUCUCCAUUAUGUCCCCAGAAGACGAGAAGUUACGAGCCAAGAAGAAAGCUAUGACAGUUCGCUUCCAAGAAGACAAUAAGACUGAUGAACGCCCUGCCAAAAUUUUAUCACCAGGUGCAACCUCAAAUAACGGCAGCAAUGAGUCCAAGAUUGACGACUUAAAGGCCGGUGGCAUCAAGGUGGUCCAGCUGGCGGUUCUGCAAAAACCUACCAACAAUGAACACGACGAUUCAGACGAAAAAGGCAAACAAGGAAUGGACGACGAUGAAGAAACGGAUUCGAGCGGUUCACUGUCAGACACAGCGGCGAAUGAGUCGCAGGACGGACGGCCACAUGUAUGCGACAUCUGCGAUGUUAGGUUCGCCCGCUCGUCGCACCUGACGCGCCACCGCCUCACGCACACGGGCGAGCGGCCCUUCACGUGCGGCGGCUGCGGCCGCUCCUUCGCGCGCUCCGACAAGCUGCGCGUGCACACCAAGAUCUGCGAGCGGGUGCAAUCAAAACAAAUAAAACUUCUCCAGGAGGACCCGACGGUGGACAUGGCCAACGAGGUGAAGCGCGAGAACAACUCGGAGGUGAUGUCGGGGAUGGUCCGCACCACGCACCGCGAGUCGGGCCACCUCGUGUUCACGGCCAGCGGGGACGUCAUGCUGCCGCCGCGCGGGCAGGUCGUGCUCAACUCCACGCUGGAGCCCGUGCGCAACGAGCUGCUGGCCAACGACCUGCUGGAGCCGCCGCGCCGCGGGCGGGGCCGGCCGCGCAAGACGCCGCUGCCGCUCACGCCCAAGGUCAAGAAGCGCCGCGGCCGACCGCCCAAGACCUCGCUCGACAUGGAGGGCUGCGUGCUGACGAGCGGCGCGGUGGCCGGUGGCGCGCUCACGGGGCACCAGCUGCUGCUCAAACGGAAACGGGGACGGCCGCCGAAGAACUACUUCCUGCCACGAUCUGGUAUGGAUAUGUCAAUACCGAUCCAGUACGGGCUAGCCGCAGAAAUGAGCAAGUUUUACGGGCGACCCAACGAAAACUACAACGCGACGAACUUGCCGUUCGGCGACUUCUCCUACCUGACCGAGAUGAUGUACAACCCGCUGGCGUACUCGUACGGCGUGACGAGCGUGGACCCCGACCGCAACGUGGACGCCGACCAGGGCGGCGCCGGCGACGCGGCCGAGCGCACCAUCGACGUGUCGUCGUCCUCCUCCGACGACGAGGACUCGUCGCGCGUGGAGCCCGACGACGUGCCGCCCGUGGCCGUGGAGACGCAGAUCAUGACGGUGGGCGACUGCCAGAUCGUCAAGCUGCCGCCCAGCUGCGACGACAAGGACGACAAGCCGGAGCCGGCGCCGGCCGAGCCGGGGGCGCCGCCGGCCGCGCCCAGCUCCGUCACCAUCACGCCCAUCACCACGGUGGGCGACUGCACCAUCCGCCCCGUCGAGAACACAUAAUGUGAGAACCUUAGGGUCUACCCCGUCCUCUUGAUACCCUUCAAGUGGAAAUAGAUUGAGAAAUGUGCGAAGUGAACGGACUCUUGUGUUUCGAUCUUGGACUUCGGCCCUUGAUAUGUUUUUGCACAACAUUCCAUAAUUUAGUUAUUGAGUGAUCGAAUAAUUGAAAUUAUUAUUUAUUAACCUACUCGAUAAAUGUUACACUGAGUUGUAAUAAGUAAAAGUAAUCGUUUUUAACCAUAAUGCAUAGUAAUUAUUUAAAAAAAAAAAAAAACUUAAAUCAGUUCGUUCACCAAACAGUUUCGAUAUGUCGCUAUUAAAUAAAUAAUGGUGACAUACAAUCUAUACCAGUUUCUAAUAUCGUCCAUUUUGUUUCGAACAAAAUAUCCUAUAUUCGUAUAGGUCGAACGUCUUCCUACAACGGCUCUAACGAGAUGGAUGAAACUCUUUACUAUCGGCUCUUGUACUUCUGGGGUAGACACUAAGCUAAAAUAUUAUUGUGGUAGCAUUCGUGUGGCAGGUCGGUCGCCCGUUGUCGUUUCAUAUCCCGAUGCAAUCGAUGCGAGUUCACUAGCGCUUUAAUGGAUGGUAGAUUUUGAUCGUUAAAUAAGAAAUUGCUUGUGCCAUCUUUCUCGAGACUAUAAGUGUCUUAGGAAAUCAUUAUCGCAACCGUGGAUCAGGUGUGUGGAAUUAGAAAUAUGAUGUCUUCCUAACUGUUUAGUGUUAAUGCUUUUUACUGGAUAUCGCGUACACUAUACAUACUGCGGCGAUGUUCCUCGGUGAAGUCUACGCCUCAGCGGCCUAAUCGUGGUUCGGAAAUGCUACUACAAUGAUCGUUACGAAGUGAAUAAAUUAAAAAAAAAACUAAGUGACUGUCGAAAAUGCAUUUAAAUUGGUGAUGUAAUUUAUUGAACUGGAGAUUUAAUUGUAAUUGCUAAAGCUUUACAAAGACAUUAGAAAACAUGGCAUCGAUGUGAUUUUUUCACAGGUAGAUAACGCAACGACUCUAUAAUGCGGCCCCGUUAGGGAGCCAUGACACCCGCUGGCCGCCGCGCGCGGGCGCGGUGACGUCACCCGUGCGAACGGCGCCGCAUUGUCGCUCGGCGCUCCAAUAUGUAUAAUCUGAGCCAUAUUAAACAUAGUUAUAGUUUAAGAUUUUAUAUGUAUGUAGAAGUAUUUUCCUAAUGUCACACACGGAUGCCAUGCUUUUUAUAUGUUGAAACAACAGAUAUACUCAUUCAGACACAACCAUUAAGAACAAAAGUCACAAUUGUCGACAUUCUACAUGAAAACCCGGGAUGACUGCCACUUUGUACAAUUAAAACGGUUGUUUAUAGUAAUCGAAAAUAAUUGCGAAGUAGGAAAAUGUAGUUUCCAUAUAGUUAUCUAUUAGUGAGACUCGAAUGCAAUAUGUAUAAGGGGGUUUUCAUGUACAAUGUAUCAUAUAUAAUAAUCACUAUAGAUUUAUAAUAUUUUCCGAAACUCUACAUAGAGGAGUAAUAAAUAUUUACUAAAUAUUGUAAUGGUGGAACGUAGAUAUAUAAAACUGUACUGUGUUGCCUUCAGCGUAUUUCGUACUUAUGUUAAGCUAGUUGCCCACGGAGCCGCCGCGGUGUACGAUGCGGUUACAGAUCUCAGUGAGCUUGAAUUGUAAUAUCAAGCCUAAUUUUAUGAUGUCUAUACAAUAUGAUGUAUGCUUACGUGGGUAGCGUUCACGUUGAGAAUGAUAAAAGGUGAUUUCGUUGACGAAAGGUCAAUAUUCUGUUUUCCUCCAAAAAUACUGACAAAUCGUUAUUUUAGGAUCAAAAUUUUUUAGUAGUUUUAAUGAUUAUUCAUAAGUAGCGUCUGAUUGGCUGUCUAUUAUAAUUAAUAUUCGUAAUCUUAAGUUUUAAUAAGCGUGUUUAUUGAUAUCGCGGGGAAUUAUUUGUUAAAGGCGAUACAUUACCGCGUUAUAAAUAAAGAUGAGAUAAUUUUGGAAUUAUUUUGCUAAUAAUAAACUAUGUUUAAGUGAAUCCAUUGAAGUAUUGGAGUUAUCGUGUAGUAAGCGCACGCUGUUUCGCCUUUCCAUGUCUAAAUGUAUCAAUCUCUGUGAAUAUUAGAUCGUAGAGCGUAGUGUCUUAGAUUAAAAAAAAAUAUUCUAAAUAUUAUAAACUCGGCAACACCACACGAACAAGUGAUACGAUGUUAGCUAAUUAUUUUAGCAGAACGUUUUAUGAACGUUAUAUAUAAUAACAUAUAUUUCUUUAAUCAUUUUGCUGUAUGUGUAAUCGUAGAGUUAAUGUAACGCAGUACGCAAUAACCCCUCGCGGACAGCCUCGCCCGGCCGCCGGCUGUGAGACAGCCAACUUCGGGAUUAUCUUUAUGUUCCUUUAAGUAUAUUCUAUGUUCGUUUACGCUUCAUGUCGGUGGAAGUGUCGCAUUAUAGUGGACGUCUUCAAAGUAUUAACUCGCUACUAUGAAUAUUUUUAAGAAAUUAUUUUCUUCAAAUAUCUGUACAGUAGUAUAGUUCCUAACGUAUAAUCGAUACAAAAAUGUAACCCUUCAACUAAUCGUAGCUGAUUAAAUAUAAUUUCUUUUAGUCUUUAAGUUUAUAUUAUGAGAUCAAAUUAUUCUUAAAUCGUAGUUCACUACUAGUGAUAUAUCGUCGAAUCGUUUUGAGGUACGCUUUCUUUUAAAUAUAUUUUAUUACGUAUUUAAUGGAAGACUGCUCUGUACCGUUUUCUAUUUAAUUUCAUCGGUUUUUUAUAUUUUAUUUAAGACCGAUUCAUCGACUUACGAAUGUAAGAAGCCCAAGAGGCAUUUAUUGUCAUGAGUCUCAAACGGCAAGCUAAGAUUACUGUGUGUUAAUUUAACGAAAUGAAUCUGUAUUUUUAUAACUAAAGAUAAGUUAAUGCGAUCAUUUACUCCCAUACAAUGUGAACUUAUAUCCCACAUUUAGUAGAUUAGGUUCGAUUUUAAGUUAAAAUUACAAGGGCCCUAUUGGCUUUGUGUUGUCGUUAAGUUUAGUACGUUUCCUUUUGCCACUUGAUUAGCAAUCAACAUCUGUUUAAUGAUAAACACACCGAAAUUACAAUUUCUUGACAUUUAUUAAUACACAGGCGAAACAUUGUGUCAAUAUUGUUAAAAUUCCAUCAGAAAAAAAAACGUGUUUUAUAAUCAAACUUUAUGACAAAACGUGCCUUUUUUAUCUCGAUAUAUUUUAUACUGGAGAAAUUUGCGGUACUAAACCGUGGUCAUAUGUAGGAACAUUUGUAGGUGACUCUACGUGUAUGCUCUUAUACAAAAGUCUUUAGGUUUUUAAGUGAAUCAGAUGUUGAUUGAUGAACAAAGGCCUUAUGGUUUGGCAAUAAUCGAAAAAAUAAUUAUUUAUGGAAUGUUAGAAGUGUGAUUGCCCGGUUGAUUGCAUUUAUUAUUGUUUCCCUAAUUAUAUUUUUUAUCGAAAUAUCAGCAGUGGUAUAAUCAGAUGUUUAAUUGAUGAAAAUCUUUUGCAUUUAUUUUUAUAUUUGCAUUCAAACAAUCAAAUUAACAGUGCAUUUUAUAAAAUUACAAUCAAUUUUGUUCUAAUAUAUUCAAAAUUUAUUUUGUUCACUGCCAGUUAACUGAUGUAAAAAAUAUUGAACGAUACCACUGCGUUCAAAUUAAAAGCGACCUUUAUAACAAUAUUGUUUUAAUAAUAGUUUUGUAUCUCGUCAUAACCUACUUUUUUUAGUAAUUUAUAUAAUAUGUAUUUUAAGUUUCAAUAAUCUAAUGUUUGACGAGAUUAAGUUACGUAAUUAUACUCGAAAUGUUUUAUAACAAUCAAAAUCAAUAUUUUAUUCAGACAACAGAUGAAAAAUAUGUUUAGUUGUGAUGUGAGAAGAUUUUUAUAUUCUUGUAUUGUGAAAUGGCUAUCAUUUUACGUUGUGAUCAUGUGAGUGCAAAAUUUUUUUUAAUUAUUUUAACCAGUUUCGUUGACUAUCGUCAAUAUAAGGGCAGCAGAAAUAAUAACAUUUGUUUAGUUCUGCAUAGUCCAAGAGCAGUAUUUUUUAGCUGUAGUCUUUAUUAUUAUAAACUUUUUUUUUAUUAUUUUAACAUUUAUGAAAUUCGAUCGUUAGUUAAUUUCUAACAAUGAAAUAUUUAAUAAAGAAAUCACAAAAUAUAA